AUGUUUCAGGAUUUUGGAGGAAUGAAAGAUGUGAUUGAUCAAUUGAUUAGGAGUGCUCUUGUGCCGCUGUGCCAUCCGCAACUUCCCCUUCAUCUUGGAGUAAAGCCUGUGACUGAAAUUUUGUUGCACGGCCUACCAGGUUGUGGGAAAACGACACUAGCUCGGGCUAUUACCAAUGAACUUGGAGCUACAUUUAUGAAAUUUUUGCCACUGAAUUGGUAUCCGGCGUCUCAGAGAGAAAUGGAGAAACGCAUUGUAACACAACUAUUUACAUCCAUGGACAAAUCAAAUAGGCCCUUUAAACCCAUUGAGGACAAAGAAACUUCUGAAAUCUUUGAUUGUGGAAGUGGCCAUAUUUUAGUAAUUGGAGCAACCAAUAGACCAAACGCCAUUGACCCAGCCUUGAGGAGGCCCGGAAGAUUUGACCAUGAAAUCGCUUUAUACAUUGUAGAUGAAUGUGCAAAAGUUGAAAUACUAUCGGUACUCACAUCCAGUAUGAGGCUUGAAGGAGCCUUUGACUUUUUAAAGAUAGUAAGAGCCACUUCCGAGUUUGUUGGAGCUGACUUUGCAGAACUUGCCAACUGGGCUGGUAAUCUUGCAAUGAAUAGAAUUAUAAACAAGAUAAUAGUUGAACUUUCUGAUGUGGCAAUAGACAAGAAGUGGUGGAAGCAACCAUGGUCAAAAGAAAAAACGGAAAGAUUUACCAUAACUAUGGCUGAUUUCAGGUGA